AUGUUACCUAAACGCGCUAUGUGGGAUAAAAUAUUUUUUACAACAUUAAAUGAAGGUCAGGCUAACCGUUCAGGCUCGCUGAACCGCUUCGACCCAAAAUACGCGUCGUUUGGGCCGCGCGCCCCGCGCCCGCGCCCGCCCGCGCCGCCGCCCGCCCUCGCUACCUUCUCGCCAGAUGCUCCAAGGCACCACCCCCCGGCGCACCCCACGCACACCCCGGCGCACCCCACACAUCCCCCGGCCGACAAGUACGCAACAGUGCGCCCCCAACGCCGCACCGACCCCCAACCCCUCUCCGCAGCCGCCUUAGAAUAUAGAAGCCUUCAACGACCGAGACGACAGCCCAACAAUCAGCACCGACGGCGACACGAGGCACGUGACCCCCGCGACACACGUGACCCCCGCGAACAGCGUGACCCCCGCGACCAGCGUGACGCCCGCGACCAACGUGACCCGCGCGAUACACGCGACACGCGCGACCUAUAUGCUGUUACGGAAUUG